AUGGCACACAUUGCAUCAGACCCAACUUUUGACAUUGAGCCAGACUUCACUUUUGUCCCAUUCGAAGGCAUAAGGAACUGCAUCAUCGGAAACACACAGUUAACCCACGCUGAAGCAGCCAAUGAGCUUGCUACUGGUUGGCAACAAGACCGUGACAUCUGCGUAGUUGAAUGGCUUGUACUCAAGCAAGAGGCUGAGAAUAAACGUCAGGAAACCGAGAAGAAGAAACCAAAAAUCAACGAUUUUGCCACAGGAAUGUCGGUGGGCGACACCCUUACCCACUGCCCUUCCCAGUAUGCUAUCCACAAACUCAAAUCUUUCGAGUACAUAGAACUCUGGUACUUCAGCCCGGACGGCUGCAAAGAAGCCGCUGACGAGGCAAAUCGUCGGCCGACAGAACCUUUGGUUUCACGAAGGUUGACGACUUCAUUGCCCUAA